AACACUUCUGAAUAGUACGUGUUCGAUGCUCACGAAGUAUAUUUGAUAAUCCGCCCCCAAUAGGAAUUACAUCAAAAUUUGGCUAUUCGAGCUUGGGAACAGCCUCUCCCAACCACCUCACCCAAUUUAAGACGUCUGCUUUUACGGUGACUUGUUUCAAAUUCAUAACGUUAACCUGAAAAACAGGUUUUAAGUCUGCGCUGUUAGCAGCUGUUUUAUCAGGUUCCCAGGGAUAGGUCAGUGCACUUGCUGUGGGAUUCGCACCACGUGACCCCCCGCGCUCUGCUGUCUCCCAGGCAGGUUCUACUAACACACCUGCUAAUAGGAAAGGCAACACAAAAACAUGUCUGCAGCAACAGUACCACCAGGUAGCCAGGCUGACGCGGUUCCCAGCCCUUACGCUACGUUUCCUGCUGCAAGGAUCACUUUACCGACGGGACCCGGUAUCUUCAGGACAUCAUCUGGAGCUUUUAUCGUAGUGGAACUGAUUUUUGGAGCACUAGUUUGGAUAUUGGUGGCUGCCUCCAAUGUUCCCGAUGACCUUUUCCAGGGCUGGGUGAUGUUUGUAUCUGUAUGUGCGUUUUUCUUCUCUGGUGUUUACCUCUGUUGCUUCCUGUUUGGAAUUGCAAACCGAAUUGAAACCAACUGGAAUUUUCUGGACUUUGCUUAUCACUUUGUUACUUUUGUAUUCUAUUUUGGAGCCUUUGUGCUUGAAGCUGGAAGUACUUCACAGAUGGGUCGUAAAACGCCUAGUGGCAGUGUAUAUGGCCUGAAUGUUGCUGCUACUAUUUUUGCUUUCUUCACAACAGCGUGCUAUGGCUGCAGUACAUUCCUCGGUUUACGGCGAUGGAAAAUGUGAUAAAAAAAUUUAAUUAAAAAAAAUCACAAUUUAUUUUGUCAACAAAGUUUAUCUUCCAGUUCACAUAGGCUGUCAUUACUUCAUGUUUUGUUUUUAACGUGGCAGAUGUUGUAGGCCACAAAAGAGAGGGUACACCUAGAUUGAUUGCAAUACUCAAGUUUAAUGAUUUUGCCUUAAAAUAUCCCUCAUAAAGGUGUGUAGGGUGGGGGUUGGCUAAACAAAGAGUUUUAACUCAUUCAACAGAACUUGUAAUCACAUUUAUCAACAUUUUACUUUUUAUAAAAUGAAUAACCAUGCAAAUUAUUUUACUGCAGAGUGAAUGAUGUUAAAAUAUAAACUACAUCUCUGAGCGGGACAUCUUUGCCUUCAUUAUAUUUGGGCUUUUAAUAGAAGAAUUGAGAGCUGUGGACCUGUUAAAUCGUGUGUGUGUGUGUGUGUGUGUGUGUGUGUGUGUGUGUGUGUGUGUGUGUGUGUGCGCUCGUGUAUUGAUGAAAACCACAGUAUGGCAGACAACAGGCUUUUGUCAUUUGUACAAAGGAGGCAAAAGCCCCUGCAGUGUUCCCCUGGAUAUACAUCUGAUGAAGAUUGCAUUUGUUGAAAGCACAGGCCAAAACUUCAGUAAGAGGCAUUGCUCCCUAGAGAGAGAAGUGCUUCUUUAUUACAAACAUGCCCUUGCUGCCAUUCACUGGUCCUGUUGCUUGACCAGAGAGAUUUGGCUAGCACUGUGACAGUACCAGUGCCAAAAUAUUCAUGUCACUUAAAUGACUGCUUCCUUGCUGGUUGCAAAUUUUGUUGACUAUCUCUGAAUAUAUUUUAAAAAGUAUAAUCUUAAUAAACAGUAGUAUUUACAUUGCUUAGGUGAUUGGGACAGUUCUAACAGGAAGAGAGCCAACAGGUUUGUAAAGGCUUUCCUAGGUUACAAAGGUAAAGCUUUAGUUGUACAGUUUUAUGCAAAUGUGAUUAUGCUGUAUAUAGUAUGUAUUUGUUUCUUGAAAAUUAGUUAUGAAUGUACCUGUUCUAUUAGCAUAUAAUAGCAUUCAGCCUGAUUAAAAAUUUUUUAGAUGUUUUACUUUAAGAAACUCUGUAUUUUUAAGUAAAACUUGUUGCAGUUUUAAAUACAGAAAUUCACAAGGUGGCUGUGGUCACGUCGUAAAAUAUAGGGAAAAAUGACAUAUAGUUUUAUAGUGUGUCCUACCUCAGUACUUCUGUCCUGAUGAAUGAAUCUCUGUUAGCUGAAAUAAGUAGGUCAUCAUUUGGUGUAGAGUGCCUAUCAGCUAUGUAACAGAAUAGAUCAUUGCACACGUGCAUUCAAACUGACUUAAAUGGAAAUUGUAUGAAGCUGCAGAUUUUAAACUGUAUGUGCAUCAUCAUUCAUGUAUUUUUUCAGUUUAGAUUUUGUGAUAAAUUAUUUCUACAGUAUUUGUGCAUACACAAGUAUUCAUGAUUAUCAGACUGUAACUGAUAAUGAUCGUUUUACAUCGUACUAGUGUCUACACUAUUGAGAACUGUAUGUAACACUAAGAAAAAUGUUUAUUGUUACUGUUGCCAAAAUGUUUAAGUAAAUUUUUUUUUUAUCAAAAUUU